AAUUGCAACAAAGUAACAUACUAUGUAUUCCAAUUACCACAGCAACUUUACCGACUUUAUAAAUAGAGACUCUUGAGUGCUGCGCACGGUUGAAGUGGCACGUGAUGUCACUGAUGCUCAGACAGCGUUCUCGUCUGCUGUAGUAUUCGAGCUCAACUCCAAUAAGAUGCAACAUAACGCUUUAUGAAACGUGUUGUGAGGAACGGACCAGAUCAGGGCGGUUCUACUAAAGGGUGUUCCCUGAAAACAGAAACUCUAGAACUGAUCCAGACUAUACAGUUUCAGAAGAUGGCAGGUGAGAGAAAUUCUGCAUCAGUUACGUGUUACCUGGGUGAGAGGACCUUCCAGCUUUGCUGCCAGCUCUUUCUCCAACAUUCUGAGACCAUCCAGGAUGGCUGGAGCUGGGAGCAGAUUAAGGGCACUGAUGAAGGCUUCAUGAAGAAGUGUGUUCUCGUUCCUGUAAGAUCAAACAUAUUACACAAUCAACAUGGAUGUUCCAUGCAGGCAGAAAUCAUGGAUCCUCUUACAGAGGAAAUUCAGGCGAAUGUUGAGGAUGAAACGGCUGGAGUUCAGGCAGUAUGUGAGAGUCACGCUGUGCUGAGUUAUGAAUACCACGUUCUGUAUUCUUGCAGCUAUCAGAUCCCCAUUCUCUAUUUCAGAGCCACAACGUUAGAUGGGCGGUCCCUAUCUCUUGAGGAGGUUUGGAGCAAUGUUCAUCCAAACUACAAACAGAGACUACUGCAGGGACCAUGGGACACUCUAACACAACAGGAACAUCCUUUACUGGGCCAGUCAUUUUUCAUGCUUCAUCCGUGUCGCACAGAGGAGUUUAUGAAACCUGCUCUGGAUUUGGCACAAAUGGAAAACAAGAGGGUGAAUUAUAUAGUGACCUGGCUGAGUGUCGUGGGACCUGUUGUUGGUCUGGACGUCCCUCUGAGCUACAGCACGGCCGUGUCUGCUCCAGAUUGAAGCUUCAUUGCGCCAACAUCAACCACACUCUCCCUUUUGAUCCCAGACUGCACUGACACUGAGGAUGUUUAGGGGAAACCUAUGAACCUGCCGAGGGUCUCGGAGGAGCCAAAGAGGGGCCAUAAGUCUUGUUAGGAAUGCUUGAACAUUUCUAAUAUUCUUAUCAAGACUCCAGGUCUUGAUUGAUUAAGUUCAUAGGCUAGCUCGGGAUGGUUCUUAACUUUUCUAAUAAAUUAAGAAUGAUAUUAGAAAUUGUGCUGAAAUGAUAUAUACAUAUAUAGGGAUUUUUUAAAUCAAUAUCCCAGCAGGCAACAUGCUAACCAGCCAAAUCUUGACCUCUUGCUUUAAACAGCAAAAAAGUCAAGGGAGUAUACACUGCUUUUUAGCUAAUCAGAAACGUUCCCAGCAUGUGAAUCAAUCUGCAUGGGAUUGCUGACAUGAGAUUGGCUGACAUGUCUUUGGAGGGUGGGAUUUUGGAGAAAGGGCAUACCAUUUAUGUUAACCAAAUGACUGAAGUUAACAAAACGGAUGAUUUACUGAUUAACUAAUGAAUUUGUUCGCGAUAUAUAUGCUUUUUAAAGGAAUAUUCCAGGUUCAAUACAAGUUAAGCUCAGUCGACAGAAUUUGUGGCAUAAUGUUGAUUACGUCAAAUAAUGAUUUCGACUCGUCCCUCCUUUAAAAAAAAAAAAAGAAAAUAAAUCUGGGUUACAGUGAGGCAUCUACAAUAGAAGUGAAUGGGGCAAAUCAGUAAACAUUAAAAUACUCACUGUUUUAAAAGUAUAGCCACAAGACGUAAACAAUAUGAAUGUUAACAUGAUUAUAGUGUGAUAAAAUUUUGUGAUAAAAUUUUUGCCACGACGACAUAGCGUCGUAAACCCUAAAACAACCAUAGAAAUUAUGAUUUAAACAACUUUUUUAGUUGUUUAAAUUUAGGAAUAUUACUUUAAGGUUAAAAAGGCGAGCAAUAUUUUUCAUUGCUUUUUUAUCUUUGCAUUGCAAAAAAUGCUUAAAAGGAACUGUGUGUGCGUGCAAAUUGAGCAUUUUCAAUAAUGCUUUUUCAAUAUUAGUCUGCGAGUCUUUGCCUACCAACUGCGUAGGUGUGUGUGACUCAAUAUACUUUCCCAUGCUGUUUGGGUAUUGUGAAGUGGGCUGCGUUUGGCCUAUAUUAGAUCUUUAAGAAACCUGAAAUCAAACUGAAACUUGCAUCUUAUAAGCAGGCAGAGUAUAUGGUGUAGUAUUCGUUUUUUUUGUUUGUUGUUGUUGUAUCUCCCUGUAGUCUGAGAUGCUGUGCCAGGCCACAUCCUGAAAUAACUGUAGAAUUGGAAUGGAAUUGAAUCCUUGACUGUCGACUCCCUCUGAAACCUGUCUGUCUGAUCUUUAGUCUGAAACAGAGGAGUUGAGUUUAGAGUCCAGAGUUUGAGAGAAGACGGUGAAAGUCCUCACUCAGCAUGUCUAAAUGGGGAAAGCAUCUCUCUGGGGACUGUAUCAGUGUUGGUAAGGAGGUCAGCCUGCUACCCGAAGCAUCUCGCUCUAAUAGACAGACAAAAAUGAUAGGAGAGAAGAGAGGGAGAGAGAGAUUGCAGUAGGAAAAUAUUAGCUACUUUUAUUAAAAUAUUAAACUGGCCUAUCAUUCUGUUAUCAUUUAUUUGCCCAUAUGUCGUUUUCUUGAAACUUGUGAAAAAGUUUGUUUUAGCAGUAAAGCUACCAUAAAAGUAGUGCAUAAGACUUGUAUACUAUGUACAAUAUAUAAGUCUAUAGACUGUAUACAGUAUAUAAGAAUAGAAGUCGUUAUUUGAUGAAAACAAUUACCCUUCGCCGUAGCUUGUAUUCAACUCGUCAUAUUUGAUGCUCGACAGCCCCAGUCACCAUUCACUGUACAUACCGAACUGAAUUAGUUUUGUACAGACCUCAAUAUUGUUAUAAUUACAUCUGGAGGAGUUGUUACAUUAGGGAAAAGGAAAUUAAGUUGCCUUAAAAAACAAAUACUCCUUUAUUUUGCAUGUUUCACUGGAGGUGUUUGGUUAAUGGAGUCUGGGAAUUAAAUUGGUGUGAAAUGCCACCAGUAGCCUGUACAAGCCGCUGCUGACAUCUGUUGGUCAGAGUAUGGUGUUGUAAUUUACACGCAUGUCCACAACAGGGCGCCAUUGACAAACAGCAACUUGAUUCCAAUCCUCAAACAGUGUUUGGGGCAACACUGAAAUAAUUUAAUUGCAUUAGAUAAUAAAUGAUCAAACAAAGUGGAAUUUAUUUAAAAGAAGGUACCACUAGCACAUUUUUUAAGCAAAUUAAAAAUUAACUAAUUAAUUGCAAAUAUUGCUCAUAAAAGUUCAUAUUUUCUUUGUAGAUGCCACUUGGUUUGAUGUUUUGUUAUGUACUGCUAAAAAAAAUCGCUACGUUUGUGGGGCCACUGUAUCUACUGGAGAACUUCAUGACAAUUACCUCAUCCAAAUUCAUAUUAAUUUGUCAUGUGUAUAAUAUUUGUCAUCAUAUAUAAUAUAUAUAUAUAUAUAUAUAGAUAGAUAGAUAGAUAGAUAGUUUACAUAAGGUGUAUGUAAACUAUAUAUAUAUAUAUAUAUUAGAUAGAUAGAUCUCUUGACCAUAGUAUAUAUAUGCAUACCCUGGUAGAAAUUGUGAAAUUUUGGCAUUGAUCUUGAAAAUAUGACUGAUCAUGCAAAAAAAAAAAAAAAAAAACCUCUUUUAUUUAAGGAUAGUGAUCAUAUGAAGCCAUUUACUAUCACAUAGUUGUUUGGCUCCUUUUUAAAUCAUAAUGAUAACAGAAAUCACCCAAAUGGCUCUGAUCAAAAGUUUACAUACCCUUGAAUGUUUGGCCUUGUUACAGACACACAAUGUGACACACACAGGUUUAAAUGGCAAUUAAAGUUUAAUUUCCCACACCUGUGGCUUUUUAGAUUGCAAUUAGUGUCUGUGUAUAAAUAGUCAAUGAGUUUGUUAGCUCUCACGUGGAUGCACUGAGCAGGCUAGAUACUGAGCCAUGGGGAGCAGAAAAGAACUGUCAAAAGACCUGCGUAACAAGGUAAUGGAACUUUAUAAAGAUGGAAAAGGAUAUAAAAAGAUAUCCAAAGCCUUGAAAAUGCCAGUCAGUACUGUUCAAUCACUUAUUAAGAAGUGGAAAACCAAAGACUUUGCAUGACCUGGAGGCAUUAUGCCAAGAUGAAUGGGCAGCUAUACCACCUGCAAGAAUUUGAGGCCUCAUAGACAACUAUUACAAAAGACUGCACGUUGUCAUUGAUGCUAAAGUGGGCAAUACACAGUAUUAAGAACUAAGGGUACACAGACUUUUGAACAGGGGUCAUUUCAUUUUUUUUCUUUGUUGCCAUGAUUUGUUUUAUGAUUGUGCCAUUCUGUUAUAACCAACAGUUGAAUAUGAAUCCCAUAAAUAAAUGAAAUGCAUUUUGCCUGCUCACUCAUGUUUUCUUUAAAAAUGGUACAGAUAUUACCAAUUCUCCAAGGGUAUGCAAACGUUUGAGCACAUCUGUAUAGAGAGAUCUGUUGACCAUAGAUGGCAUUAAAUCUCAUCUCAACACAUUUAUUGAAUGUGCUCCUCUUAAUCUUGAUAUUUCUUCUGAAUAUCAACACUUGUGAGAUUUAUUACAUCCAACCAGUUUUGAGGUUAAAUUAUCAAAUUUUUUUGUCAUUGGAAAAUAGUGAACCCCCUUAAGAUUGGGGCAGAAGGUUGUUUCUGGUGACAUUAUUAUUAAAUGUAAUAAUUAUUAACUUGUAGUGUUAUUGUUUAAUACUUCCAUGCAUUAAAUGUACAUUUCACACA